AUGGACUACAUCCCCCCACGGGUCAAGUUGAGCAACGACACUUUUGUCUUCCUUGAUGGCAAGUGGGUGAAUGAAACCUACAUUCAGUCGGCAUUCUCUCCCUCUGCGGAAAGUUUCCAGAAACACACUGGCAAGAAAGUCCGCAGCGACUGGACUCUCUGGGAAGAGAACAAGGUCCUUUGGGACGAGAACAAGGCCUUGCGGGUGGAGAACCGGGCUCUCCGGGAAGAGAAUAAGGCUCUGCAGUGCUUGCGGAUGGAGAACAAGGGAAUUCAGGUCAUCUAUGACGAGAGUCUCCAACAAGUGCUGAAGCAAGACAACAAGACUCUAGAAGGCCUUCCUACCUUAGGUCUCCAAAGCAGUAUCGAAAACAAAGCCCUUCAAGUCCUCCGGGAUGAGAACAAAGCCCUCCAGGUCUUUCGGGAAAACAAUGUGGCUUUGAAGAUCUUCCCAGACAGCAUCUUCCCUGAUAAGAAGAAACCGAUUCCAGUUCUCCAGAAGGAAAAACUCACUGUCCAGUUAUUAGGGAAGGAAGAGCAGGCAGGCGCUGAAACCAGCAAGGCUGUUGCAGCCCAAGAAAACAGCUCCAAAGCUGCCCUGUCGCAGGCAGUCAAAGCUGCCCCGGAAAUGCAGGAGGAGAGCAGGGCUUUGCCGGUCCUGGAAAGAAACAAACUCCCGCUGUCCCUGCCGGAGGAGAACGAGGCUUUCAUGACAGUUCAGAAGCUGAACCAGACCGUGCUGUCCCUGCUCAGAGAGAACCAGGCCCUCCUGGAAGAAAAACAGACACUCCACUCCCUCCAGGGAGGCAACAAAGUGCUCUGGGAGGAGAACAACACAUUGAAGCUGCAGCUCAACACCGUCAAAGUGGCCAUCAGCAAGAUAGGGGCACAGAUGGAGGCCCUGCAGCAGGAGCUGGGCGCCUUUGCCUUCCUGCCUGAGGGGGAGAAUGAGACCAAGAAGCUGGAAAGUUCCUGA